AUGCCUUCCAUCAGCCUAGCAGCGGCCGUCGCCGCGUUUGUCGCCCUCGCAGAUGCGUCUUCAGUACUUCUUCGUGGUGGUACGAUCAUUGGCUUCGACGAGUCAAGCAAUUCCCUGAACGUCAUCCGCAACGGCUCUCUUCUCAUUACGGACGACCGCAUCACUUCCAUCUACACUUCAGAUCAGCCCUUGCCGCAAUCAUCCAACGACACGGAAGUCAUCGAUGUCACGAACAAGAUCAUCACACCGGGCUUCGUUGACACCCACCGCCACGGUUGGCAAACAGCUUUCAGGACCAUCGCCUCGAAUACUUCGCUCGCGGAGUACUUCACGCGCUACGGCGAGUACGCUGCCGCUGGCCUCUUGAGUGCCGACGAUGUCUACAUUGGCCAGCUCGCGGGUCUCUACGAGGCCCUCAAUGCCGGUGUCACGACGACGCUUGAUCACGCCCAUCACACUUGGUCUGAUGAGACUUCGGAGGCAGGGUUGAAGGGCAGCAUUGACAGCGGCGCGAGAGUCUUCUGGUCGUACGCCUUUCACAACGUCACUAACUUUACCAUCUCGGAGCAGCUGGAAAACUUUAGAAGCAUAGCGACCAAAGCCGAGUUUGACGGUACUCCUACCACCUUGGGAGUGGCGUGCGACUUUUUUGGGACCGACGGUGUUCUCGCGGAUAUUACUGCAGUUGUCGAUCUUGCUAAUCUGCAGGGCCCUUGGGGAAACACCAACAGUCCAGAGGAUGUCCAUGCUAUCGGAGCACUCAAUACCAGCAUUCCGGUCGUCUUUUCGCACGCGUCAUUCCUCACCUACAAGGGCGCAUCACUCCUCCGUUCCACCAACCAGUAUAUCUCAAUCACGCCAGAAUCGGAGAUGCAUUACGGUCACACACAUCCUCACAGCCAUCUGAUCCAAGAUCAAGGCUCCCUCGGUGUCGACACUCACUUCACUUUCUCAACCGAUAUCCUUACGCAAGCCCGCCUAUGGCUUCAGAGCACCCGCCGCCUACUCUAUCAACAAGUCCUCGCAAACUGGCGCGUACCUACCAGCACGCCGAUGACUGUCAACCAAGCCUUCAUUCUCGCUACAAGGAGUGGGGGACUUGCUCUUCGCCGCCCGGAUCUGGGCGUCAUAACCGAAGGCGCCAAAGCCGACGUGGUUGUCUGGAAUGGCGAGAGUCCCGCCCUCCUCGGCUGGGUUGACCCUGUCGCUGCUGUAAUUCUACACGCUAGCGUCGCCGAUGUCGAGCACGUCCUGGUGGACGGCAAAUUUGUCAAGAAAGACCAUAAGCUAGUGGUGCCUGACUAUGAGGACGUCAAGACGCGGUUCCUGGACAGCGCAAGGAAGAUCCAGCAGACUUGGAGGGAUAUCCCAUUCUCAGCUCUUGAGGGAGAGUUUAGCAGCUCGGAAGCUCCCUAUGAAGCUCCUCUAUCGGUCGAUGUCCUGCCCGGAGGUGAAAGUGGAUACGGUACCACUGUCUCUCAAAUGGUCCAACGACUUCAUCGAGAAGCCGGGUUGCAGGCCUUCAUUAGCGCAAUAGAAGAGGAUGGGUGCGCUGUCAUCAAAGACUUCACGAACCAGGCUUCACUUGAUGCUGCGCAUGAGGAAGUGCAGCCGUAUCUCGAUGCGUCGCUUGCGCAAGCUGGAAGUAUCGUUGGUGCUCUGAACGGUGGGACGGCGACUUGUACGAGGCUCGUUGGUCGAAGCAAAACUGUUCGCGAGAAGUUUUUCUCAGACUCGUUAUACCAGGACAUUGCCGAUCACUUCAUUGGGCUUAAGACCGAACUUUGGUACGGAGAUGAACCCACCAUCCACAAAUCCGACCCUUUGCUCUCGAUCUCCAUCACAAUGUCCUCUCAGCCGGGAGCAAAAGCACAGAAACUGCAUCGCGACGACAAAAACCAUCAUGCGAGGCACAUCAAGGCUAGUCACUACACAAACGAACGCGAUAUGCUUCUUGGCCUAUUCGUUCCGGAAUGCGAUACGUUUGAAGCAAACGGUGCCACCCGGAUCGUUCCCGGGUCACAUCUGUGGGGCGAUGAAAAGCCUGACUUUGGAGAAGAUGGCCAAAAAGGUGUUGAAAACGCGGAGUUGAAGAGAGGCGAGGCAUUUGUGAUGUUGGGCAGUUUGUACCAUGGCGCUGGACAGUAUUCCCUGGAGAAGGGAUGUCGAACAGUGCACAUCAUGUUCAUGUGCAGCGGCGUUCACCGCCAAGAGGAGAUUCCAUAUCUAAGCUACCCGAUUGAAGAUGUCAAGACAUACUCAAAACUCGUGCGUGACCGUCUUGGCUGGAAGCAGUCGGAACCCAACUUGGGAUGGGUUGAUUUGAAGUCUCCAGAGUACCUCCUAGAAUGA